AUGGAUGCCGCCGCCAUUCGAAGUUGCAUCGCUGCGACACUCGACGCCGAUGCCGACGUCCGCCGGAGGGCUGAGCUUCAGCUGAAGCAGGCCGAGGGCCAGCCUGGCUUUACGGAUGUCCUGCUGGAUCUUGUCCAGUCGGAGCAAACAUCGAAUCUUCAACUGCCCACCGUCAUCUACCUCAAGAACCGCGUCAACCGUGCAUGGGAGCGCUCCGAGUACUAUCCGAACGACACCCUGAUACCCGAUGACGAAAAGGCGCGUUUCAGAGAGCGGUUACUGCCCAUUUUGGCGGGCUCCCAGAACCUGGUGCGGCAUCAACUUGUGCCCAUCUUGCAGCGGGUCCUGCAUUUCGACUUCCCCGAGAAAUGGCCGACGUUCAUGGACUACGCCCUCCAGCUGCUUAAUACCAACGACCCGAGAUCGGUCCUGGCCGGGCUACAAUGUCUUCUAGCCGUCUGCCGAGCCUAUCGCUUCAAGGCGGCCGACAGCGAGAGCAGGUCCCACUUUGACAAGAUCGUCGAGGCCAGCUUUCCCAGGUUGCUGGUAAUAUGCAACGAGCUGGUAAACCAGGAGAGCGACGAGGCUGGCGAGAUGCUGCACAUCGCUUUGAAGUGUUACAAGCAUGCCACAUGGGUCGAGCUCUGCGAGUUUUUGCGGCAAAGUGCCGUGAACCUUGCGUGGUGCACCGUCUUUCUCCAGACCGUGUCUAAAGCUAUUCCUGCCUCCGCCAUGCAAGGCGAGCCACUGGAACGAGAGCGGCACCACUGGUGGAAGGCCAAGAAGUGGGCAUAUUUCAACCUGAACCGCCUGUACAUCCGACACGGCAACAUGCAAGCGCUUCUGGACCGGUCUGCUGAGCCUCCAACACGAUUCGUCAAGGAAUUCUCCGCCCAGGUCGCCCCCAAGAUUCUCGAAUACUACCUCGCCGAAAUCGAGAAGUGGGUGUCCAAGACCAUCUGGCUCAGCCGGCCAUGCCUCUCCUACACUAUUGUGUUCCUCGAUGAGUGCAUUCGCCCCAAGGAAAUGUGGGCGCAUCUCAAGCCUCACCUGACCAAUCUUGUCACCCACUUCAUCUUCCCCGUCCUCUGCCUGACAGAAGAGGACAUUGAAAAGUUUGAGGAUGAGCCCGAGGAGUAUCUUCACCGAAAGCUCAACUUCUUCGAGGAGGUUUCGGCGCCAGAUGUUUCGGCCACUAAUUUCUUGGUCACGCUAACCAAGGCACGGAGGAAGCAAACUUUCGAGCUUCUCACUUUUAUCAAUGACGUGGUCAACCAGUAUGAGCAGGCUCCGGAGGGGAGCAAGAACCACAUCGCGAAGGAAGGUGCUCUGCGCAUGAUCGGGACGCUCGCACCCGUUAUCCUGGGCAAAAAAUCGCCGAUCGCGUCCCAGGUGGAGUACUUCCUUGUCCGUUACGUCUUCCCCGACUUCACCAGCGACCAGGGCUUCCUCCGGGCUCGGGCGUGCGAUACUGUCGAAAAGUUCGAGCAGCUGGACUUUAAGGAUCAGAACAACCUCCUCGCUAUCUAUCGCCACAUCCUCGACCGCAUGGCCGAUCCAAAACUCCCGGUCCGUGUGACGGCCGCCCUGGCGCUGCAGCCCCUGAUCAGACACGACGUCAUCCGGACGAGCAUGCAGACCAGCAUCCCGACCAUCAUGCAGCAGCUGCUCAAGCUGGCGAACGAGGCUGACAUCGACGCCCUCGCCAACGUCAUGGAGGACUUUGUCGAGGUCUUUGCGGCCGAGCUCACACCCUUUGCUGUGGCUUUGAGCGAGCAGCUCCGCGACACCUAUCUUCGUAUUGUCAGAGAGCUCUUGGAGAACACCGAGAAGCGGGACGAUAUGGACAACGAGUUCGGCGACUACCUCGAUGACAAGAGCAUUACGGCACUCGGAGUCCUCCAGACCAUUGGAACUCUUAUUCUCACCCUCGAGAGCACGCCAGACAUUCUUCUUCACAUCGAGAGUGUUCUGAUGCCUGUUAUCCAGAUCACUCUGGAGAACAAGCUCUACGAUCUGUACAACGAGGUGUUUGAGAUCAUUGACAGCUGCACCUUCGCCGCCAAGCAAAUCUCGCCCACCAUGUGGAAGGCAUUUGAGCUCGUCCAUGCAACCUUCAAGUCUGGCGCCGAGCUGUAUCUCGAGGAUAUGCUGCCUGCCCUGGAUAACUUUGUUCAGUAUGGCGCUCCACAGCUCAUCGAGAAGCCAGAGUAUGUCGAGGCUCUGUUCUCCAUGGUCUCGGAUAUGUUCACAGACGGCAAAGUCGGCGGUGUCGACCGGAUAUGCGCCUGCAAGCUUGCCGAGGCCAUGAUGCUGAGCCUCCGCGGCCACAUCAACAACUGUGUCCAUGGAUUCAUCAACAUGGCGAUGGGUGUCCUCGUCAGCCAGGAUGUCAAGCUCAAGUCGUACAAGGUGCACUUGAUGGAGAUGGUUAUCAACGCCAUCUACUAUGACCCACUCCUCUCGCUUCAGAUUCUCGAGGCUCAGGGAUGGACCAACAAGUUCUUCAGUUUAUGGUUUGGAAGCAUGGCAUCGUUCACGCGGGUACACGACAAGCAGCUGUGCAUCCUGGCCAUAAUUGCUCUCCUCAACAUCAAGCCUGACCAAAUUCCUGCUAGCGUCAUGGUUGGCUGGCCGAGACUUCUCCAGGGCCUUAAGAGUCUCUUCGAGACCCUUCCGGAAGCGAUGGAGAACCGCAAGGAGGCACUGAAGGACGAUUUCCAGUUUGACAGCGGAACCUAUGGGUACGAUGAGAGUGAUGAUGAGUGGGAUGACGAAGAAGCAAAUUGGAACGGGGCGGAGCACGAAGAAGAAUCCGCCGGUGAAACCAAGGACGAGAGCACGGCGUACUUGGAGUUUCUCAAUGAGGAGAAGCUCAAGUCCGCAGACUUUGAGGAUUCGGACGGCGAGCUCGGCGAGGACAGCGUGUUGCUGGAAUCGCCGCUCGACCGGAUUGACCCUUAUCUCGCCUUCAGAGAUUGCUUCAAGAAAUUGCAGGACGAGCAGCCUCAGUUCUGCGGUACAUUGCUGAGCCACAUCUCGCCUGUCGACCAGACGUUCCUCCUUGAGGUUUGCCAGAAAGCGGAUACGCAAGAAAUGAUGGGCCUGCAGAGCCCUUUCCCCAUCUCCGGGUCGUCGCGCGGUGCGAAUGCGAACGGCGCAAGCUAG